AGCUCGACUUUUUUGCGCCUGGCAAAAUAUCUAUUCCAUCAUUGUCCAUCUUCCACCAAAACACAACCAUGGCGGAUCAAGAAAAAAUUCAAACCAACUUCGAUCUCGGCAUCUGGUACGCCUUAGGCCUCUGGCCUGCCCUCACAAUCGCAGUCACCAGCAACUGGGGCGGCCCUGACAGCUCUGCAAAGCGCGAUUGGUUCGCUGGUGCCGUGAGUGACCUCUUCGCCGAACGUCCCGAUACAGACCAGUUCGAUGUCGAAGCCGUCUUGUUGCAGGUCAUGCAGGACGAGUUUGACCUGAACGUCGAAGACGAGAGCGAAAUUCCUGUCGCCGAAGAGAUCAUGAAGCUCAGAAAAGAGACCACCGAAGGUGACUUCUCUGGCUUCGAGACUGUCAAGAGGAGGUUCGAGGAGCGUGGCGGAAGGGUUCCCCAGAAUCUCCAGGUUGUUGAGCACAAGCACGACGACGAUGAGAGCAGUGAAGAGGAGAGCGAUGACGAGGACGACGACGUCGAAAUGGGCGAUGCUGCUCCUGCUCUCGUUCCCGCGCCUCGUGAAAGACAAGAGCCCGAGGUCGACGACGAUGGCUUUACCAAGGUUGUUGGCAAGAAGAGAAGAUGAAGCGAUUUCACGACACUAUGUACAGUCACGACAAUAAUGCCGCCAGUUUCAUCCUUAUUCCGCACACCAGCUCAACGGGUAGUACUUCAUGGAUGUAGUAGGAGGGGGAGUAAUGGAUUCUAGGUCCUUAGGUCGAUCAUGUUACUUCAAAGCACACGCAACACCAUCUUGAUGCGUCCCUCCAUUUGUGGACAAAUGCCUCUGGUCCAACCAACUCCCAACUCCUCGCCUGUCUCGUAACCCAUCGCAUGGCGUUUGCUCAAGCCAGCUAGUCUCCACCACUUCCGCAUAGCUUUCCUCGCUACCACCAGCUCGUGUUCCUCGGGUGAUAGUUCUCUGGCCAGCACCGGUGCAGUCACUUCUGAUUCAUCUUCGGAUUCACUGAGACCUAUCUCUGCUGGCUCCACAAUGCGAAUUGGUGGUCUGUCCCAGACGG